AUGGAUUAUUCAAGAGAUGAUGCAAUUGAUUCAGUUGGGUUAAGACCAUUGUGGUAUAAAGGAUGGUUUCGUAUUGGUCAAACGUAUGAAUAUAUCGGACAAUAUGAUAUUGCAUUAACUUUCUAUGAUAUUGCAUUAUCAUUUGAUAAGGAUGCCAAGGAUGUACAAUAUACAAAGAAAGAGACUGAAAAGAAGCUAUCAGAAAGAUGUUAUGAUGCAAAUACUGGUAAAAGGGAUAUAGUUAAAGAAUUGAAUAAUUAUAUUAAAAAAGUUGAUAUGAAAUUCCCAACAAAAGGUGUCCCAGCAAAAAGGGUGGAUGAAAUUAUUCAAAUCGCUAAAAAGGUUCAAUACAACUUCCACCGAGAUAAAGACUAUGCAAAGUCAAUACCAUUCUUAUUUGACUCUGCAUCACUUGGGCUACCAUUUGGUUUAGGAAUUUUAUCAGAAGCUCAGGAUAAAGGUUACGGAGUGAAAAUUAAUAAAAAUUAUCAUUACUCAUUGAAACCAUUCUUUACAAAAGAUGAGGUUAAAAGAAUGAGGGAUGGUUCUUUAGAGAAAGAUCUACACGAAUUCGAAGAGAAUGGACCAUUUUAUCAAAUUCAAUUCUUUAAUUUCUAUUUAGCAGAUAGAUUCUAUUUCGGUAAGGAUGGUUUCGAUAUGGAUAUUGAGAAAGAUGAACUUCAAUUCCAAGAUUUAAUAUUUGGUAAAGUUAGAGACAUUGUUAGAAGUGCUAAACUAUGUAAAAUAGUUGCUGAAAUAAGUGAAGACAUGGGAGCUGAAGCAAAAGAUAAUUACUCUAGACUCGUAUUCAGAUAUGGUCAUAUCUUGGAACAGGAUAAAUCAUUUAAAUCGAAUGAUCUCAAAUUGGCAGAUGAUUUUUGUAAUGAUUCCAAUGUUAAAGAAAUAUCAAACAAAAGCUACUUUGCUAAUCAAGGUGAGGAUAUCUACCUUUCUGAAUCGAUCUAA